CUGGUGGUAACUAUAGCAACAAGGCAAAAAGCUAGACCGCUAGUUAGCAAGCCUCUGCAGCUAUCCUUAUCUCAUUUAUCCCCCGGUCAAUUCACAAAACAUUUAAAUACCGAGCUGAACAUGCAGUAGCUUCGUGUAGAUGAACAUAUGACUUAUGCCGACCAAACAGUAUUCGAUGUGUGUGUGAAAAGUUUGGGGCUGUUUACAUCGAACUAGCCAACUUGCUAUCUUGUUCCCAUAUUUAACGUUACCGCUGUUAUUGUGAUCUAUGAUGGGAAAAGAUGUGGAGGAAGUCUCCGCGUCUCUAGUACGGGAAUAUCUCAGUCGAAAGGGCCUGAAGAAAACCAUAGCUUGCAUGGAUGAAGAGCUUCCCCGAACUAAUUCAAGCAUUAAUAACAGAUCAGAUCUACGCAGAAUACUUCACCUUGAGGGCCUUUACAAAAAGAAUAAGGCUGAAGAACAUCCUUUGAAGUCAAUGUUGGAGAUAAUCGUGAAGGACAGAAUGAGUGAAGGUGGCAAACCCAAAGGAUGCCGACAUGGUGACAAUCAAGCACAUCCAUUGGAACAAACCAUAUCCAGUUCUUCCAUGGACAUGACUGGGAAUGUUAAGAGAGAGGAAGAUUGUAUGGAAAAUCUGUUGGGUGACAGUCCAAGGUUAUCUGAAAGCAGUGUGUCACAAGUUAUUGUGCCUUCCCAAACACCUUCUGAAAUCACGCACAAGAGCUUUGCUGUUCACCCUGAGAGUGAGAGAUUGGGAAAUGCCUCCCAUCCUUUUUCAAAUUUUACAGAUGACAUAGAGAAUGAGGAGAGCUUGUGUGAUGUUUCUAGAACAACCAUACCAAUGCUUAGUUUGGACAAGACUCCCAUGGACCAGAUGACUGCCACUGCUCUUAAGGAGAUCAUCUUUGGUUCUCCUAUGGCUUGUUUCACUGAGGAGUGGAAACAGCAGAAUUUUACCUUUUCAGAUACUCCUGGUUUGAAGUAUGGGAUUGUCCAAAAGAAGGGAGGACCCUGUGGAGUUCUUGCAGCAGUUCAGGCUUGUGCUAUACAGAAGCUUCUGUUUGAAGAAUCGAGCAAUGACUCAUUGGAUGAGAGACUGGAGGUAUCAAACAUUUUAAGGACAAAAUGUCUAUCUCGGGCUUUGGCUGACAUACUAUGGAGAGCCGGGAAUAUGAAGAGAGCCACAGUCGCAAUAAACACAGGAAGAAGUCUGUUCACCCCAAUUGGACGCUACAAAUCAGAUGGUAUUCUAGAAAUGAUAACAUACGUCACUAUGGAGACCUUAGAUGAUCUCACUUCAGUUCUUGAGCAGCAUAUUAGACAGUUUGAGUCUGGCCCCUUUGGCUGUAUCCUGCUUACUGUCUCUGCCAUUCUUUCCAGAACUAUUGCAACUAUACAAAGUGAUAUGGAUGUGCCAACAUCCACUCUCAUUGGAGCUCAUGGCUACUGCACACAGGAAUUGGUCAAUCUUUUGCUUUGUGGACAGGCAGUUUCAAACGUCUUUGAUGAUGAAAUGAAGCUUGAUUCCGGAAAUGGAAAUUUUACACUUCUGAAGGGAAUUAAAGCACAUUGUAACAUUGGGCUGCUGUCUUUAUUUGAGCACUAUGAUAUAUGUAAGGUUGGAUCUCACCUGAAAACUCCCAAGUUUCCAAUUUGGGUAGUGUGCAGUGAGAGCCAUUUCAGUGUGCUCUUUUGCCCCUCUGAAGACCUGGCAACUGAUCACUGCAGAGAGGAAGAGUUUGACUUGUACUAUUAUGAUGGGCUGGCCAACCAGCAGGAACCAAUUAGAUUAACAGUCUAUCUACAUUGUGCUGCUGGUGCGGCUCAGAAUGACAACGCAGACAGUGAUCUCAUUCCUCCACUGGAGCUCUGCAUCAGGACCAAAUGGCAAAAUGCAGUGGUCAGCUGGAAUAAUACAGAUCCCAUUCUUUGACUAUUUGACCCCGGUUGGUUUUAUGUGGACCUAAAUUUCAGUUAGGUUUUAUAUUUAAAAAUGCAUGCGUUUUGUAUGUAUUUUGUCUUUUAUGAUUG